GCGAAAUGGAUCAGCAGCAGCUCAACAUGGACAUGUGCUGGCCCAAAAUUAAAUGCGAGUCAGACUCUCGGACUGGGAUUGUGUGGCUCCGGACUGCGUGGCAUGCGAGGCACGUUGACGACGAUGACGUGAGUCUUGGAGGGCUGAGCCCGAGAUGGAACUCAGGUUUUGCGGGAUGGGGUGGGUCGGACGUUGAUAUUAAAGCGACAUUAACAUUGAGCUUGAUGGCUGCUUUGAUGGGCCACGAUACGUUUUUAAAUGCGCGAAUAUUGUCAGUUGUCCCAUACAUUCGGAUUCGCACUGUGCAUCUGAGAUCGAGUGAGUUAUCAUAACCCCAGGCGAAGGAGACCUUGCGACCGUUACUGAAUUCUGAUGGGAGAAUCGGCUGCAUGGAGCCGCAUACUUCGCAUAAAUAGCGGAGCACCCACAGCAGCCGGGCACAAUCCGUUAGCACUCGUCCACCAAUCAACAUGAAUAGCCAACGCCAACCCCUCCUGAUCCUGGCCAUGUGCCUCCUGGCCCUCUCCGCCGUUUCCGCCAUGCCACAGCGACGUGCGAAGAGUCAGCGCCAGGUGGAGUACUCCUCCACCCCCUACCCGGCGGCUGGUUUCCGCCCCAGGGUGCCCUUCACUCUGCCCGGGGAAGUGCAGCCCAAGCUGGAGACGGAACCCCUGACCACCACCAGCUCCACGACUCCCAGCGAGAUCCAGACCCUGGAGACCACCGAACCACUGAGCACCACCGAGCAGCAGCUGCCGGAAGCCGAGACGGAAGCGGAUUUGGACGUGGAAGUGUCCGUCCGUACGCCGGCCAACACCUACGGAGCGCCUGGAGAGCAGGAUCCCCUGGAGCCCGACACCGUGGAGGUGGUGGCUCAGGAGCCGUCCCGGGACUUUCAGCCACCCACCCUCGAGUCCGUCGAGGACUUUGCCGCCGGUGGCGCUGUUGCUGCUGGCAGCGAGCAGCCUGUUGCUGAUGUCCCUGCCCUGGGCCAAGCGGAAACGCAGGAGCCCAGUGAGCCGGAGCUGAUUCCAGAGCUGAUUCCGGAGGCCGAGGCGGAGGUCAGGGCCGUGACCCCGGCAGGAACCUACGGACCACCCGCCGCCACCUACGGAGUGCCCGAGCUGAGCGAACCCGAGAACGAGUUGGAUCUGGAGCAGUCGCAGGUGGAGCUGGUGGACGAGGAGGCGGCGGAGGAGGCGCUGACCAAUGAGCUGGCCAGCGGUCGUCUCAUCCUGCUGCCCUUCGGCGCCAGGGGAACGCAGUUCGGUCGCCUCAUCCUGGCCGUGGAGCAGCCACGUCAGCGCUUGAGGAGCGAACGCCUGAGGAGGAUCUAAGGAUUAACCUGUCUAUCUAAAAACGGGGAUUAUUAAACGAAAAUAUACGUACUAUUGCAACUAAACAUUUUUUGGAGCUAUGGGCAACUUGUUUUGCAAUGAGAAUGGAAUUUUAAUUGAUAAGAAGGAUGUGUAUCGUAUCAUAAAUUCGGAUUUCACUUAAGAUGUUUAUCAGGCCAGUUUCGCUUUUCACUUGUAAAUGUUUUAUUUGAGUUCGAUUUGAACAAACGACAAUAUUUAGGCGCUUACAUUUUUCCUUAGAUACAUUUUU